AUGCGCUCGGAGGAGCGCACGGCAAACCCCAUAACCAGCGCUAACCCACAGGGCGCGGGGCAGGGGAAGGCGCCCCCCAAGAUGAGCUCGUCCUCGCUGCUGGCCGAGCCCCCCCUGGAGCCCCCGGUGCUGCUGGCCGACAUCAAGACGGAGCCCCCCGAGGAGCUGCUGGCCCCCGACUGCGGGCAGCCGCAGGCCGAGCCCGUCGACCUCUCCCUCAACAAGGCCAAGGCCCCGCCGCCGCCCCCGUGCCCGCCGCGCAGCCCCGCCCCCACCCCCACCGCCCCCCACCUCCCCCUGCGGUGCACUCGUCCCCUCUGCUUGGUGGCUCCCCCCGUCCCCACCGCCGCCCCCAGCGUCUCCAUCGCGUCCCCGGCGCUGGGCUCGGCCGCCUCGGCCAUCCCGGCCGUGCUGUCGCCCGGUUCCAUCCUGGCGUCGUCGCAGGGCAGCGGCGCACAGAUCCUGCACGUCAUCCACACCACUCCCUCGGACCUGCCCAGCAAGAUGGGCAACCUGCAGACCAUCCCGCUGGUGGUGCAGUCCCUCCCCGUCGUCUACACCACCAUGCCGGCCGACGGCGUCACCGCCAUCACCGUGCCGCUCAUCGGGGGAGACGGCAAAAACACCGGCUCCGUGAAAAUCGACCCUGGCGCCAUGUUCCCCAUGGACAUGCCGAAGCGACAGCGAGGACAGCGCCUCGGAGAGCGGCCCCGCGCCCUUCCAGGACCUGCAGCGCGAGGCUGCCACCACCCCGCGCCUGCCCCGCGCCGAGUCCCCCGACCUGAAGAAGCGGCGGAUCCACCAGUGCGACUUCGAGGGCUGCAACAAGGUGUACACCAAGAGCUCCCACCUCAAACCCACCGGAGGAUACACACGGGUGAGAAGCCCUACAAGUGCACCUGGGAGGGCUGCACCUGGAAGUUCGCCCGCUCGGACGAGCUGACCCGGCAUUUCCGCAAGCACACGGGCAUCAAGCCCUUCCGCUGCUCGGACUGCGACCGCAGCUUCUCCCGCUCUGACCACCUGGCCCUGCACCGCCGGCGGCACAUCAUGAUGUGAGAGGAGCGAGGCGACCGGGGGGGGCACGGCGGUGGGCUCACAGCCCGGGACUGCAGGGAGCGAGGCCCCAGCACCAGCGCGGGACGGCCUCCGGAGCAUCCUCCUCGUCCUCAUCCUCCUCUGGGUCUCUCCUCCCCGCCGGCAGCACCUGGAGGCUCCUCCUGGGCUCCUCUUGGCUCUUGGCGGCCUCCUGCCCAUCCUCUGCGCUCGCCUUCCCCGUGGACGUGGCGAGGAUCGAGGUGGGGAGGUCUCCACUCUGCCUCCUUCAACCUGGGAAAGCCGCCUGAGCCUCCUUCCCCGCCUCGCCCAGAGCCCCUCUCCGUGUGUCGCCUCUUCCCGAACCCCCCUUGGCCCGUACCGGGUUCCCCAGGACUUGCUGGGGGCGAAGAAAGAAAAAAA